AUCGCAUGUGAGAAUUUGUCAUCCUUUUGUGAUAAGUUGUUCAUCGUUCAUUGUACUUAGAAUUCCUAAUUGCAGAGGUAACGUGACAAAUCUUUUGUGCCUUUGUCAACAGGCAGGGUAAGAUCGCUUUUUAAAUUUUAUUUUGUCCUGAGGGAGUGAUUGAUUUAGCGCUUAAAACUCUAGGUGCAAAUUGCGUUUCCUUUUCCGAUUUUUCUCUAUUCACUGAGGUGAAUGUUUUGCGAUCUGUAAUCACUUUUCAGGAGAUUUUGCACUGGGCUCCAACAUUCUAGCAGAAGGCGUCAGUCUCUAAGGUGAUAGACCCAAAGGAGGUUUUGGGUACAGCCGAUGGGCAAUCUUUUAGGACGAAACUUUUCAGGAGGACAGUUUGCGAGGAUCUGCUUGGGUGCCUCAGUCACGCUUUCGGAACACAAUUUUGACGUCAAUUCCAACUCAAGCUGAGAAUUUUAGACUCGACAAGUAAAGUAAACGGAUCACUUAACUUCGACUUACACAGUAAAAACAUAAGAUAGUAGCCAUAGGCCAUAUAAACACUUGACGUUGUGAUACACCAUUAUCGGUCAUUGAACAGGAGGAUCGUAUUUCAGUAACAACCGUGCUUCUAAUAAUCUCACGUUGAAAUCUUCCCAGUUAGUUUGUGGUGAGAAUUUGAUCUUCUUCCCGUGUUUAAUGGCCCGUACUAAUUGUUAUAAUCAUCGUUGAAGUGGAAUGGCUAAGAGCCAUGAGAUGGAACAGUUAAAUUCUGACGAUUAUCGCAGAAAUCGCGGCGAGUUGAACCCAAACUCUGUGGAGGAUAGAUCACCUCCCUUUUAUGACUCGGACUCUCCAAGCGGUACUCCUUCGGUUAACAGGUAAGUUAAUUCAAUUUUGGACAAGUCUAUGUGCUAACUGAAAACAUGUUUAUUAAGUAAUCGUUUAAAAAUCACUGCCCUCCCAGUCUUUAUUUGCGAUCGAUCUUGUACUUUUUAGGAUGAUACAAAUUUUUUUCUUAAUCACAGACAUUUUUUGCCUGCAGGAUUUUCUAUGAAAUUUACCAAGUUGUUCGUUUUAUCAAAUGCAAUCGAAAACUUAUAGUUUCAUAUUCUAAUAGAGGCUUCUGUUUGCAGCUGUCAAAGCUACUGUCGUGUUUAUCGAGAAAAGAUUACUUGCGCUGUGAAAAAACAGCUGGAUUUCCUCUCGACAAUGUCGCUUCCCAAAACUGGAAUUCAAAGGCUAAUUUUAGUACAGCCAAUAGUCCACUCUUUUAUUCACCUUUCUAUGAGCAGGAAAUGAAGCAAAUGGACCAAAGCAAAGAAAAUUAGUAAUUUAUUCAAAGAACUAAAGCCUCAUUUAAAAAUCAUUAAAGUUGCAAAAAUAUUAAGUCAGAAAACAACGUUGUUUACAUUUGCUCCGACAAUUUUCUUCUCAGUGCUGCAAGCCAAUCAACGUCAGCGAGGUUAUCUCGCUCUUCAACACUGGGUUCUGGGUUAUCAACUCGCUCAGCAACAACUACAGGAAGCGAUGGCGAAAUUGAAGCCUUAGAUAACGUUAGAGUCGUAGCAAGGUGGGUAAAUUAAGUUUGGAUGCUAGGUGUGUUUACUUUUCGGUGAUAGCCCUUGUCAUAUUUCGUGACCAUCCCACUUGUGUUCGAUUUAGUUAAUUUCAGCGGACCAUUAAAUUUUUCGACAGCUGCCCUCAAAGCUCGCAAAGUUCAGUUUAGUUUUGACUUUAAUCAUAAUUUUAAUCUUACAAAGGUGAUGACAAUGACUACAUGUAUUUAAUGGAUGAUCUUUCGGCAUGAUUAUCCAGUCCACCAUAUGAAUUUUGCUUUUGACUAUUACUUCUAAUCAGGUUGAUGAUAACUUUGAAAAUAUACAUCCCUUUUUCUAGAUUUUGUUGGUACUUCUCUAACCAUUUUCCGGAAAAUUAAAUAAAGUUGCAUAAUUUUGGGCUCAAAAGAAAGAAUAUCACAAGAGAUGGUAAAUGGUCCUACAUGAAAAGUCCAUGUGAAAACUCACGAGUCUUGCAGAUGCUAGUUUUUUUUAAAUUAAAUUAUUCUUUCCCUAGGUUAAAUUUAAGUGCUGUGGUUGGUAGAGAAAAAAAGAUGCCAAACUUUCCAUUAAUUACCCCAAGCAUGAAUACUUUAAUAUUUCUCAUUAAAAAAUCAUUUAAUCACUAUUAAGGUGGUUGAAUCCCUCAUAAACAAACUACAUUAUCUUCAGGGAAUGCUCACAUCAGGGUAUUCAUAUAUGAAUAAUUGUGUUUAGUUUGCAAGAAAAAAGAUGUUUUGUGUUUACCCAUUUUCCCAUUUUGGGCUUGUAGCUGUGUGAACCUAAUUGAUUUGCUAUUUUACAUAUUCAUUAGCCAUUUUUAUGCAAAAUCUUAAUUGCCAAAUACCUGAAAGUAAACACUUAGGUCCCUAGAUUUAAUCUAAGGCUUUGCACUAAAUUGAAUUUUGAACUAUUUUGUUUUGAUGUCAUUGCCCUUUGUUCAGAAUGACAGCAUUUUCAUUAAGUUCUACAUUUAUGUUAACUUUCCCAGAUUAUCCAAGAGCCUCCUAGACACAAAACUAAUCUUACGGUCUCCAAAACAGUUUGCUACAACUCUUAUCUUCCAUUAAUUUUUUUUUCUUGAGAAGGUGUAAAACAUUUAAAUUUAGUCUCUUUUCAAACAAAUAUAGGAUCUUAGUUAAGGAAUUGUUGUAUAUUAAUCUUGGGAUUAUGAAACAACACAUACAUUAGUAGUAAGUUGUGGAGAGAGACUGGGUGUAAGCAAUCAACUAAGAUUAAAAAUUUUUAGGGGCCAGAGGAGGUGUGAUCCAAAAUCAGAAAUCUCUAGAUUGAAAGGUUGGCUUCUCUGUAACUGACCAAAUAAAUCUCUGAAAUCUCUUGUUUGGCUAUCAUUAGAGCACGUCCUUUGAAUCUUACUGAGAGAGAAAGAGGGGAUAAAAAUGUCUUAAAGCUGCCUGGUGAUGGAGCUGUUUGGGUUAGUUGACCAAUUAUUAUAUAUUGUUAUUUUAAGUUUAUAAUGGAGUUAAACAUUGUAACUGAUAUCAAGUAUCAUUAGAGUUAUUCUCAGUGGGGGGGUCAUUUGUUUUUCCUUUCUUGGGGGAAGUGGUCCAUUUCCAUUUGAGGGCAGAUUAUCAAUGUAGGUCUCUGAGAAUUAAAAUGUUGAAGUUGAAACAAGCGACAAUAGAUUUUCCUUUGGAUAAAUCAUAUUUUCUGAUUGAUUUAAUUACAAAGAAGCCCACCCCACCUCCUGUAGAUCAUUAGCUUAUUCCGGAAUUUUACUUUGUGCCAUAGGUUUUCAAAAGAUUAUUGUAAAUUGUAAAAUUGUCAUAUGAUAAGAUAUGACCUAUGUCAAGAGAUUUCUAGGCCAAUUUCUUAUCUUUUGAUUCUUAUUUGGUGCAGAUUGAUAACAGUUUCGGUCAGAUCAAGCCUUUUACCUUCAAUGCAGCUUUUGGAGAAGGAACCUCUCAGCAAGACAUGUUUGAAGGGUGUGGCAUUAAACAUUUGGUUGAGAUGUCUGUGCAGGGGUUUGUAUUAAUUUGUUUAAUACUUAAGAUACAAAACAUGAUCAGCUGAAUUAUACACCCCUUUUGACUGAUCAAAAGUGAUAUGUUUGAGAACGGACACCCAAUUUAUAGAACAAAUAGAUUUAAUGAUGCCUUGCAUCUAUUCAGUAAAAAAUAUAUCACUAAGGAUUUCAAAUUAUUGACGUGCUCAGUGUGCACCUUUUUUGUUCUUGCCACAUUUAAAGGUCAUUUGAUCGAUAACUGAACAGAUGCACUGCAAUAUAAAUCAUAUUUGUUUCAUAGAUAUCAAUAUGUCAUAUAUAUACUGCUCCCACAAUUUCUUAACUUUAUCUACAACAGAAUUCCUUAAGUUUAUCUGUAACAUUAGCUGAUAAUCCCAUUUGUAAAUGAGCAUUGUUCACUAUAUAAAUGCUUAUAGACAUUGAUGUGUAAAAAAAAGGAAAGAUAGGGAGAGGGGAAGGCAAGUUGAGAUAAUCUAUAUAUUGAUUUCAAAUGUUAGUUUCUCUUUUCCCAAAAGAUAUUCCUGUACAGCCUUUGCUUAUGGUCAGACUGGCUCAGGGAAAACAUAUACGAUCACUGGACCACUUAAUCAGGUAACCGUGCUGCAAGCACAUGAUAUGAAUUUAGUUUUGAGAUUCCCACUACUCUUAUCUUCAAACUUCUUCCUAACUAUGUUGCCUUGUGUGUUCAGAAGUGGAUAAUUUUUCAUCUAUAAUUGUAGUCAAGUUCUGUUGUGCAAUACUGAGCCAAAAGCAAUGGUAAUACAUUAAAUGUACUUUAUGUUUUGUUUAACACAACAGGAAGAUACUGCACACAUGGAUAGUUUCAUUCCAGAUCCAGACAUGCAAGGGCUGAUAGAAAGGUUUGUGUGACAGUACUUGUGAGCAUUGACUGAACUGACUCCUUUUAGGCUAUAGCUCAGGCAGGCUCCUACCUUUUAACCUUUGCCCCUCCCCUACAUGCCAUUGGGCAUAAUGAGAAGUGAGUGAGAGAUUAGACGACUUGUUUGCUAAUUCCAGGGUAUUGUAGUAUUCGACUCAUGGAUAUAUCCCACAAAAUCAAGUUUGGUAUUUUCUUUGUUUGUUUGUUGUUUGUUUCACUUCAGCUGGUUUGUAUUUUUGUUCUUUAGUAUAACAGCAAUGAUAUUCACGUAUGAAGCGAUUUAUCUGUGACUUACCUCUAUCAAACCCAACAGAAAACAUUAAUAUUAUCAAUUUUUUUAAUUAUGAUAAUAAUUUCUCAGGUCUUUCCAGUAUCUCUUUGAGCUGAUGGAUAGCAGUGCUGAUGUUGAGUACACCCUUAAAGCAUCGUAUCUUGAAGUGUAUAAUGAAAAGGUAUGGAACAGUGCGGAAUGUGACACUCUCUUUUAAAAAUUUAAAAGAGAGUAUAAUAAUAGAUAUUUUUUUGUCUUUCCCAGAAGAAAGAUGACCUCCAGCUGGGUAAAAUACAACAGUAUACAUUUUGGGAGAAAAUAGCUCAAAUGUGAAAAUAUGAAGUUUUACCCUAAGAGAUGUACAAAAUUUAUUUUCCCCAUAUUUUUAAGUAUAUAUUGAUUAAUAAGGGUAUCUCAGACUCUAUUAGAGUUUUCAUUUCAGUAUGUACUAGCUUUUUUGAAUAAAAUGUAACAAUUGACAACCUUUUGAAGUGUGUGUAUGCAUUAACAUUCUUAGUGCUGGUUUAUAAAUCCAAUGAUGCAAAGUAUAAACUGAAAAGAUAUAUUAAACUAUGAUUCUGGCCCUAUAUUUUCAAUAGGUACAGGAUUUGCUCAACCCCUCAAGUGCAAGAGACUCGCUUCCUGUACGCUGGGCCAGAGACAGGGGAUUCUAUGUUGAGAACUUGUUUUUUGUUGAGUGUGACACAGUGGAUGAUCUUUCUGCUGUGUUGGAAGAAGGUAUGUAAAGUAACCUUCAUAUGUCAGUAAGCACUGACCAAAACCAAAUUUUUAACAGUUAGCAACACAGGCCAUGGGAUAUCAGUUACAAAUUAUGUUCAACAUGUCUAACAAAUUCCAUACAAUACAAGCUGUAUGGAAAUCCAAAAUAAAAUGAAAGUUUGUGAAAUUUCAACCUCAGCAAGAAUACUUUGAAUCAUCAACAUAACCUCCCUGGUGAUCUCAAGAUUUUGCCAUUGUAGUGGAGAUGAGGCUGUUAUAAGUAGAAAGUGGUUCUUUCUACCCAUCUCUUUCCAUUCAUCCAACACUUCCCCUAAUUUAUUGUACACUCAAUCUUUUUUUCAUGGGUUUGGGGGCUCAGAAUAACAUUUAGUGGUAGGAGAAUAGAUGGAAUCAGGAAUUUUGAGGGGUUUGGUCAGAGAUUCUGAAAUGGAGAAGAAAUGCAAUCAGCAAUAUUCAAUUUGCCAUUGUAAAAGCAUGAAUGAAAUGGAAACAAUGUUGGUAUAAUUGAGGGUGGAGAUGAAAGAAAGGAAAAUGAGAAAUUUUAAAUACCAGUAAUUCUAAUUAUUAGUUCCUGUAAGUCUACCUACUUCAGUUUACAAGUUGAUUUAUUUUUGCACUCUGUAAAGUGGAUUUCUGUUUUUAUGCCACCAUGUUUGACCACCUCUCAAGUCAACAAUAUUUAAUGCUUUUUCAGGACUGAGGAACCGUCAUGUUGGAUCACAUUUAAUGAAUGAUCACUCCAGUAGAAGUCACACUAUGCUCACAGUUUACAUUGAUAUUGAAUCGGUGAGCAUUUGCUUCCUUUUGGACUGAAUGUUACUUUUGGUGGAUGUUGCACUUUGCAUGUGUGCUGACUCUUUAAUGCUGCAGAGGGAGAGAAAAAACUAAGAAAAUACAUGAAGAGUAGUUGUGCAGUUGAACUAGGAUUAAUUUCAGAAGUUUAUGGUUUAAACAAGUGUGCUAAACAUUUUUGAUAGCAGAUUUUAGUUUCAGUCUAUGGGUAUUCUUAACAUACCUAGCCAUGUCCUUCGUUGAAAGAUUCAUGUUUCUCGUCUUUUCUCCUAUUACUUUGGACUGUCUUUUCGAAGUCUUGCAGGGUGUGGAAAACGUCAUUCACUCACUGAAAACAAAAAUCAAGUACAGGUGUAUUUUAAUCAAUGAUUAGAUACCUUCUACUUAGGGUUUAGUGUUUUAAAUUAAUUGAAUAAUAAAUCGACCUACAGCUUUCCCUCUACAUUCGUCUGUGUUUUCUUAUGUUUAUAAGAAUAAUCUAAAGUUUUGAAAAGUCAACGAAUUAGUAAUGAUUCACGCAAAUUUAAACUGUUUUGUUUGGGGUUGAAUUUGAUCGUGUCGCAUCACAUCAUUCUUAAGUUAUCUUUGUGUCAUGCUGUCCAAUGAAUGCGUAAAUCUGCCAUUAGUGUCGGUUUGAGAAUUUAAUUUUCGUUGCUGUAAGUUCUUCUCAGUCCCUUUUCAUCUCUCUCUAUUCAAUUUGAAAUUGGUUGUGAAUAACAGUUGCUUCACUUUCCUCCGACAUAGAAGGACCCAGAAGAUGAGUCUGGUUAUCCUGUGAUUAAGCAUGGAAAGCUAAGUCUAGUGGAUUUAGCAGGUAGGGGAAAAAUUGAGAAAACAAGAAAAUUGAGUUGCAAGAACACUUUAUAAGUUUUUAAUUGUUUGUUCAGAUGUCGUUAUUGCUCUCCUAAAAUGAAAUGAGACUUUUAAAACCGAAAAGGUUUGAAAAAUUCCGUUUUGCUUAUUUGUAUUUAAAAUAUUUUUGGAAAUUGGUCACACCUUUUUACGGUAACCGGUCAAGUCGCCUGAGAGUCAUCUCGCCCGAAGUCAUGUCGCCCUAAACCUGAGUCAUGUGGCCCGAAAUUUUAGUCAUGUCGCCCGAAAAAAGUCAAGUCGCCCAAAGAAACAAAUACUAAAAAGAUCUGAAUUUCAGACUGUAAAUAGGCAAUAACGUUGAGAAAUUUUUUAUCACUAAAGCGCUCUUUGUUUCCGACAACACCAUGAAGAUUCUUAAAGCGUUGUUCGUUCCUAACAACAAAGGGAAACGUUCGUUUCCAACAACAAAAUGCAGCGUUGUUCGUUUGGUAUGUAAUCGUUUCUUACUCACCGACGUUUCGUAAGCUUGAGAAACUUUUUCUUGGUUUCUAACAAUACCAUGAAGACUUUGACUACACAGAAAUCGAUCGUAUGCUCGGAAUUGAAAUAUGUUUGAGUAACAAUUCUAAAAGCGUUGUUCGUUUCUAAAAACAAAGGGAAGCGUUCUCCGAGCUUAGAAAUGUUUUUGGAAUGAGAGAUGAGGUUUUCCCUGGUAUGAUUGAUAAAGAGUAAAAUAUUAAAUUGGAAGGAAUUUUAUCUCAUAUUCCCUUUUGUUCUUCGAAUGGAGCUAAAGAGGAAAGUGGCAUUUAUAUGUUGUUCUCAUAUAGUUAGAGGGAUAUUUUGUACAUUGCCAGAGAUAAGUUCUGCAGCUUUGUGAUUGGUUUAAUGAAAAGAACAAUGGAGAACAAAAUACCGAUAUGUAAUCACGAAGUAGGGCUAUAAAUACCAUGUUAAGCUCUGUUGAUUCCUUACAUCAUUGUCUCUUUGACCUGAUGACUCGAGGGCACAUUUGCAUAUUAAGUAUGUUUUGUUUAAGUCUGCAUAAAUGACGUUAAUCGAAUUGGCUUCUAUGGUUCGAUGAUUGCUUUGUCAAAUAUGUAAAAUUCAUUAUACGUGCUUAGUACCGAAAACGCUGAAUAGAUGAGUAUAUCUAAUUAACUCGCCUCGAGUUAUCAAAGACGGGAGUUAACUUGUAAGUUUAAGCAAGGUUAGGGAUUUAUUAGAGUAAGAUUAACCCCCUAAUUGUCCAUCUUUUAUAAUGAUUUAUAUUCCUUUGAGUUUUUCGUAUCUACAUAGCAUCACAAAUACAAUUCUAGGCAAUUAACCUUUGUUAAAUGUUGAUGUUUGUCUUCUAUAACGUCAACAUAACUUUUAAGACGUAUUAAACUCCUUGUUUAGUAUAGUUCAGACCCUUCUGCAAGAAAUCGUAGUCGUGAACUAGUAGUGAAAAAAAAAAGAUGAUUUGAUUGCAUUCUAAAUCAACAUUUAUCAACACUUAUUACUUAUCAAAGUAAUAUCGCUUCAAUUACUUAGUUUACUGAGUAACAACAUCGCAUGGCUUGAUAUCUUUCUGAUCUUCGCUAACUUUCUUAUUGUAUCGUUUUCCUGCAGGGAGUGAACGCGUUAAAGAGACAAAAUCUGUGGGAAGCACUUUUACUGAGUCACAAAAUAUCAAUAAAAGCUUGUUGACUUUAGGUUAGUGGGCUUUACGUUUCGGCUUAUCAGUUCUUUACGUAACUGUGUUUUGAGUGUUCACUUAGUUGAAGGUGAACAAAUAUUUCCUGACACCCUCACCUACUGACUCUCUACUCGCCCCCUGCUACGUAAACUGUACUGUGAUGUAUCUCUGAUAUGUUGUAAUAAGUUGAUAAACAUGUUUGUCGUCAGCGUGGCCUUCAGAGCGCUUGUUUCUUUGUGUUAAUCGUGUAAAUCGUUUCAAGGCCCCGACUUAAAAGUUUUUGUUGUAGUUUUAAAGAUUUAUUACAGAGCAUUGGGAAUUAAAUAAGUGUAUUCUUUCUAACACUUCGUUAAUUAAGUUUCAUGGUGGAAAACUUGUAUCACACAAUGUUCGCUCAUACCCUUUGCUACCCGUUAUGUAGCGACUAUUUGCUACGUGAGAAAACACGUGUCAGAAAGUUCCCUUAGUAACAUCUGAAAGUUAACCGCAUUGAAUUGAUUGCCUUGACGUGAUCAGCAUACCAAGUGUCACAAAAAUAAAUGUUACAUUGUAUCCUUAAGUAUUUGUUGGUCCUUCAAAUUUUUUGAAUUGCUGAAAUAUAUUCAUAUGUUAACUCAACCCGAUCGAAUAAUUUCAACGAGCAUUUCACUAUCAGGGAAUUGUAUUUCUGCCUUGAGUGACCAAAGAAAAAAAAGCGGCCACAUUCCGUAUCGUGACAGCAAACUCACCAAACUUCUGGCUGACAGCCUUGGUGGAGAUGGUAUCACCCUCAUGGUAAGUCAAUUCACCAUAAUCUUAAUUCUGAUGUCUUAUUUAUUUUUGUUCGUUUGUUUGUUUUUUUAAAAGUCUGGAACUUUCAUGAGACUGGUUCCUUGUGACACGUGCACCGAUUUAUCAUUUAAGUGGGCGUAUCCUUUUGUAAAGCUAUCUUUGGGAAUAACGUUAAAUCGCUAAAUCAAGAAGUCUUAAUGAGUGACGGGUUCUCUAGGGUUCUUUUGCUGUAUUUAUUAGCUCCUCAACACACUUAGAAUUGAUACACACGAACCGCUAAAAUUUGGGUUCAUAAAAACUGAUUUUCGAUCCUUGGGUUACUCAACUCUGUUUUCGAUCCUCGGGUUUUCCGUGCGGAACUAUUCCUUGUCAUAAAAUUAACGCAUUAUCUGUUCCUGCGUUAAAAUAUUUCAGAUCGCAUGUAUCUCGCCGUCUUCCUAUGUGGUGCAGGACACCUUAAACACUUUGAGAUACGCUCACAGAGCCAAACGAAUAAAGAACAAGCCUGUAGUGCAUAUGGUAAGCUCAUGCUAACUUACACAAACUCCCUACUGGUUUACAUACGCUACUUUUAGUGUGCUUUGUGAAAAUUAUUAUUUAAAUCAAUGCUAUUUGCCCUUCAUCACUAGAUAAAGACAGUUGAACUGGCCAACUCAGGUUGUCAUUUUUCUCUAUAGGAUCCUAAAGAAAAGCUUAUUUUAAGUCUAAAGCGAGAAAUAAAGUUGUUGAGAACGGAAAAUGCUUAUUUCCGACAACAGGUAAGAACGACGUGGAGACCUUUCUGUAUUAGUAGGUUUUGAUAAGGAAAUUAGAGGUAGCACUAAUUGAAAAGUACAUCCAACCGGGGAGAGGAACAGUUAAAUAUUAAAUUAUGUAAACAGAACUACUAACAGUAGUGGAGUUGUUGCUUGUGACUCCCUUAAGGUUUAUGCAGGAAAAAAAUAUAGCCAUAGCUAAAAAGAUUUUAUCCGACCUCUUUUCUUUCACUUAGCUCGGAAUACCUAGCAGUGACUCGCAAACAUCUUUAACAAGCUACGAAAGUAAAACGACAAUUGUUACAGAGGACGGUAGCACACCGAAGCUCAAUGAUCCUUCGCUAAGUGAGUAGUAAUAAGCGAUUGAUUUAGAGAUGUAAAUCACUUAGUUAGAAUUAUUGAACGGAGAAAAAUCAUCGAAGAAGGCUCAGCAGCAAGCAAUGGAGAAAACCUAAGAGUGUGAAGACCAACGAAAGUUAAGAAUAAUGAAAUAAGAUUGAACGAAGGAAGAAAUAACGAUUAAUAAAGCUAAACAAACAGAUCCAAAAACAAGAUACGCGUAGUUUUUAACUUUUGAUUGGAUUGUUAUCAUGAUAUUAUGUGAUUAAACUAAUAUUAGAGUUUUUGAUGUCUUCGUUGUUAUCUUUUCCACUUUCUUCGCCUCUUAGAAGAUGAGGGAAAGCUUAAACCCGGAGAAGAUUCGCAAAGACUUACAACUGCGUUGUAAGUGAUCUUUUUACUUUUGCCUAUGACUUACUUUAUCUCCAUCUUUCCGGCUUUUGUACUGUUAGUUGAUGGUCUGAUUCAAGUCUUUUUCUCUCAAAUCUUGACUUUGAUGCUGUUUCAGUAUGGCCGCGGGAGCCAACUCUGGUUUAUACGAUAUGCUGCAAGAGUACAUGCUGGAAAACGAGAACCUUAGGUGAGAGUUGUUGGUUGCACUUGAACCAGGUGUGCGUUUAGUUCGGUUGGUCGACAGUGAAUUUAGUUUAUAUCUUGGUGCUUUCAUCCAUUGCGUACUAAAAUAACCAAGCAAACUUUUGAUAUUAACGCCCAUGUUAACCGUGUCGAAUUUUUUGAAGUGAACUGUUUAACCUCUGAGUUUAAAUUUUCUAAACUUUGCUCAAGCAGCGCUUUAAAAUUGUUUAACUUAGCCUGGGUUAUGUUGUUCCCGUUGAGGUGGUAUAGAAAGAGUAUCACCAUAUUAUGUUUUCAUCUAACUCGCGUGACACUGUCAGUUAGUGGUCGUUAAACUUACUUUAGUAGAUAUGUGAAUGUCUCCGAAAAUUCUGAGAAAUAUAUUUUUGCAGAAAAUAGAUUAUGAAAGCGAAUAUUGGGAAUAUUCGCUUUUAUUGGUUCGGCUUCAAUACCUAACUCACUUUCGCCUCUUUACAGAACAAGAAACGUUGAGCUUGUUCAAAGUCGAGAAGAAGUCUCGAGGCAACAAAUGGUAAGAGGCUUGGGGAACACUCAUGACAAAAUUUUGCGCUGAUAAUCUUAUGUAGCAAGCAUACUUUUGCUUUCAUCUCCGUUAACUCUGCUUUUUGUAACACAGGUUUUGUCAAGAGAAAAUGAUCGAUUGUCUAAGAAGUUGGAGGAGCUAGAGAGGUUAGUCAUACACCACCGCCUCAAAAACUACUUCGAUUAGCACGCACAAACUAAGCAAAUGAUCCGUCAAAAUCAUCUAAAAAUGUUAACCUUUGAGAGUCUUUGCUGUUUCUUUUAACUAAGAAGAAGCGAUCUAAGACAAGAGAAGACAAUCCUCUCUUGUUGAAGACAAUACCCGCUUUGUACUGAUCCAAGAUUAUGACGUCGCUUCUAUCUUUUUGUUUUUGUUUUUUUUGCAAAAGUCACUGAACUUUUUCAUUGUCGACACAGCUUAAUUUGUCUUUUUUUUUUUCACUGAAGAGUGAUCGUAUCAUCGCCUAUGUCCUUACGGACUUUAUCUGGUGUGGAGUCGUUACGAGGUGUCGAACGAACCAGUUCUCUCCCGGAGGAGCGCUUUAUGAGUACGAUCCCAGUCCACUCUGCCGGUGCGCACCCCUCGCAAUUCGCAUCAGAGCUGCAACCGGGCCAUUUCGAAAGACGGAACUCUCUGCCAAGUAAGCAAAACUCCCUUGUUAUGUCCUUGCAUCAUAAAAGUUUUGUCUUUCAGUGGCUAACAAUCUAACAACGAUAAAUGUGAAAUAUCCACCCAACAUUCUGAUCAAUCUAAAUAAUGAAUUAUUUUUCCAAGAAGAUAAAAUACCGUUGUCUUACAAGAGUACUGUAAGUUUUCAUCACGUUCAAAGAAUAUAUUUCUCAUCAAUGAAUGACAAACCCACACUGAACGUAUGUCAUAUAGGUGUCUCGGUUAGGCAACGUUAAAAGUGUCGAUCGAAGGUAUUGGCGCUUCUAUCUAAAUGACUUAUUGUUUGUAAAUUUCAGCUCAGUCUAAGGAUCGUCGACGGUCGGCAUCAGAUCUACCCCCAAACUUUGGGCCAACGAGAUUCCCGCCAAUUCAAGAUGGACCUUAUCCCAACUAUGUUGGGCAAGGCGGCUGGAGGCAGGUACCGGAGGCGCAAGCCAUGCCCCAGGAAGUGAUUCCUGGUGAGAAAUUAUGAUUUGAUUGUAGUUGUUUUUUAUGAAUUUCGCUAUCUUGUAUUUCAGUAACAAGGGAGGUUCGCUAACACCGAGGUUUAUCAUUUUUUAAAUUCUCCCUCGUCAUUGACCAAGGAAAGCCCUCUUUUUAUGACCUUAGUCAUCAUUUUUCAUUCACAUCACCCCGUUGUUCAGUUCCUCAUGUUUAUAUUUUUCUUUCGUUCUUUGUUCUUAGUAUCUAAUCGGGUUCAGCACAGAGCGCCGCAGGCUCGAACCACCUCAGACCCUCCAAGCAAGCAAAAAUUUACAGCCAGCACGUGAGUUCCGUAGUUUAGUUUUAAUUGAGUUAAUAUGUAACCAGAUUGAACUGACACUCAAAAAUGCCUCAUGCAGGUGAUAGAAGUGUUCACCUUUAAAAACAAUAGUAUAUCUCGUAGAUUGGGACUAGAUUUGAGAGUGGCACUUUUUAUCAUAACAUUUUGUAAACGUUGAAAUACAUACAUUUGUCAAGGAGGGAACGGUGACACAUCUCAGUCGUAUGUAUCAGUGAUGACACACUGUUUUGUUUUAGCUUAGGGAACGGACUACGAGCUUUUGGUUACCGAGCCUUGAAAACAAACUUUCUAUAUGUAACCUGAUUGAACGACAAACACAUAUCAAUUAGCGGAACACACGGCAAUGGUUUUGAUCCAAACAAACCUCUGCAGUUUAUUUAAACCCUUCUUUAUGAGGUUUCUUCCUUCCUUUGGCCCAAGCAAUCAAAGAGAAAUUUCUAUCGAGAGUAGUUUAAGGGUAUCGUCUUAAUGAACAUUGGUUUUUGAUCUCUCGAAAAUUUCCGAAAGGUGAAAGGAUUUCCUGGAUCGAAAUGAUCCAUAGAAUUAUUAUUAUUAUUAUUAUUAUUAUUAUUAUUAUUACUAUUAUUGUUAAUAUCAUUAUUACUAUUAUUAUUAUUGUUGUUCAUAGUUAGCGUCAUUCAUGUUUUUUCUCGAUUCCCCAUAGCAAGAAAAGAUCUGUUUCAACAUCGGAGCGCCCUCAAAAAGCUGGUAACAGCUACGCUCGAAUGUUUGCUGUUCAAAAAGAAAAGAAAGCCAAAGAAGCAAAGGAAAAUGAAGGCAAAAACCCUCAAUCUAAUGAUGCAAAUCAAAAAACUGCUGCGAUGGAAAACCGGAAUCCUCAAAUUCUAGUAGAUGGAAUGAACUACAAUAGCCAACCAAAUGGCGGGGGGCCUGUGGAAAAUGACAUGCAAUUAGGUUACAACCCUGCGUUGGGUAGGUAUCAUAAUUCGCAAACCCAUAGGUGCUUAUCAGUCGCCUGCUAAGUUUGUGCGCAGUAGAACAUCGUUGCUCUUUCUUCUUGUUGAUUUGAGUAAGACUGUAAAAAGACUUACGACUUAAAACUAGAGACUAUAGUGACCCUGUUUGGCGGCACUUACUCGUUAAGACCAAAUGAGGAGGUGCCCGAGGGUCAUAACAAGAAAAAACAGGUAGUUUUGACCAACUUUGGUUUUUAUAUGGUAGCAAAUAGUGUCUUGGUGGGUGGUACCUUCAUUAAUUACGUAACGUUAUCUCUGGUUACAGCUGAGCAUCGCCAGUUAGCCGAACGUACGAGGCAAGAACUACAACAGCUGGACUCUCAAAUAGAGUACCACAGAUUUAUGACCCAGAACAGAUACAAUAAUAAUCCACCGAGAUGACAGUCGGUCAUCGCAUUGCACAGUUACACCAUUGCACAUCAUACGCGAAUAUAUUGCUAGAAACAUGUUAGCGACUCGCUGGAUGGAGAAAAUGUGAUCUUUUACACGUCUCUAAGUUAUAAAUUUACAAAUGAGGAAGGACUGGAUGGUACUGGAAAGCUUUUAGAUAAAGUUUUCAUUUGUAUUUUUUGCAUUUAUAUCAUUAUUUACUGAAUUCUAUUUCUAGGCGUUACGUCGCCG